GAUCAGGCGGAAGCUCGUCGCUCUGCGCUAGCUAGCUUGUAGCUUGUAGCUCUCGGUGCAUCCUGACGGCCGGUGAGGACGGAGCGAUGUGAGGCGCGUGACCGCGGGAGGGAAGCGAUUGACGGGUCCUGAACACAGACUGGACCCCCCAGGAAGGAGGUCCGUGAAACGGCCCAGACAGCAGCAAUACCAGGAACCAUGGUGACCAAGAAGAUCCGGACCGAGUACAUGAAGCGGUUCAGGGACCCCAAAUGGGAGACGUUUUCCAAGUGUUACGAGGACUCCCUGAAGUACCGUCUGACCCGGCGGGUGAUGGAGCAUUCCCACAAGCCCUGGUUCUGGGAGGGCUGGGACAGCAGCUCAGGGUCCAGCGGCUGGUCCACGCCGCGGCCGACCCGCAACAAAACCGCCCCCCUGUCCGUCACCCGGCCGGCCGCGGGGGGGAAGCCGAGGACGGACCCGCCUUCUGGGGAAAGACGGGCCGAGGGCCGAGGCGGGGAGGCGGACGCUGGGCCCGCUGCAGUUGUAGAAAACGGCGUGAGCGAGGCCAGCGGCGGGUCGGCGCCAGCGGCUCCGGACCCCGGCGGGCCCCCCGAGGACACGGACAGCGGCCCCGCCGACUCCACGUCCUCCUCCGAGGGGGGGGAGCCGGCGCCGGUCCCCAAGCGGCGGCCCCGGCACCGCGACCCCCGGCCCGCGCCGCCGCCCCUGCCGCACCGGGACGGCCCCGGCGCCGCCGGACCGCCCGCGGCCCGCAAGACGCCGAGGGCGAAGAGCCAGCCCCCGGUCGGCGCCACGGAGAACCGGAGGCCGUCGGGCCGCCUGGACUGGACCGAGAGACACGCGGCGGUCAGGAGGACGCCGAACGACGUGAGUGGUGCCGCCGGACCUUUUAGUAGGAGCUCAGGAGGAGAAAAGGUCCUCACGUCUGACGCCUGCUCUCAGACCCGGCGCGUCUGUGAGCCGGACCGCCGGCGGGCCCGCUCCGCCGACCUGGAGAAGACGAGGAGGCCCCAGCUGACGGUGGUGGAGGACCGCUGGGUGACGGAGUACAUGCGCUGCUUCUCCGCCCGGCUGAGGUAGAGACAGGACCCCCCCCCCCCCCCCCAAAGCCACGUGUCCUCAUGGGGACAAACUGAGGACCACGAGGUCUCAUUCAGAGGGAAACUCACCCAGAAGUUUAUAGUCGUUUAUUACUUACUUAUUUAUUUAUUUAAUUAUUAUUAUUUAAAAUGUGUGUUUGUUGCUGGACAGAAACUUUGCUUUUGAUGUUUGAUGAUGAACAAACGCUUUACUUUUCUCUUUAUGUUGAGUUUUGUUUGACAAAAGGCAGCAGAAAGGGACCAAACUCAAGUACUUUUCAUGUUUGACUGUUUUGGAGCUCGUGUUUAGAUGAAAAUAAGCUACAUAGAAACAAGAGAAAUAAGUAUUUAUGAGUAUUUUCUGAGUAUAAACUAUAUUUAAGAUGUGCUGCCUUUAUGAUGAACUUAAAUAAACUUUUAGUUUACAAGUCUAAUGAACCAAAACAGAUUAAUUAACAAAAACAGAAUCUCUUAAUUUAAAGUAUCAGACUUUUUGCUUCAGUACAAUUUUAGAUAAUAACUUUGUGAUUAAUUUAAAUGCAACAGUGUUAUUUAUGUUGCAUAAAACAGCUGAAGAUGAAUUUAUUUAUUAGAAAACAAGCUUUAAACAGUUUGAUUUACUGGAGGAAUGAAGGCUGUCGGCUCAUUAAUUUCAAGAGUUAUUCAUAAAAGCAGCUCUGAAACACAUGAAAUACAAUUUAAAGUGCUUUACAAAUGAUUGACAGGACCAAAGCACCCGGAGUUAAGAGUAGAAUCAGAGAGAUGCUUCACCGUAUGAUGUGAUUGUGUGUUGUGUGUAUUUAUCGAGUGAAGUCAUCACCAACUGAUCACAUGACCAGAUUUGUCCAAAUCAAUCUGCUCAGAGUUCGAGGUUUCUUCCAGUUAAAUUAAAAAAUAUAUCAUUUAUAAAGAAAUGAAUGUGCUGAGUGUCCGGAUCCCUCAAAAUAACUACUAACUCAUUUAUAUGACAGUAAAUUGAGGGUUUUUUCUUGAGAUCAUCUUGGGGACAGAAUGGAAAAUGUUUUUAAAAAAAGUGUUUACAACCAACAUCUGAACCUUUUUAGCGCCUGGUUGGAUUUGUGUUUAGAUUCAAAUCAAACUGACUCGAUGUGACUGUUUUUCCGACUGUUGGAUGAAACUAAGGAUUGUAAAUAAAUGCUGAUGUCAGCGCGGCUCGGAGGGCUAAAGGUCAUCACGUGUUCCAACAUGGACACUCUGUAUAACUUAAUUUAUUUCAUAUAUGAAUAUUUUUAUCAGAAAUGAAUCCCGUAUGUUUACACACUUGUUCUGUAAGUUCUAAAAUGUUUCUUUAGAAGAACAACGUGGUGAUUGUGAGCAAACGUCUCAGGUACAAAGACAACGUUAUGAAGCGGGUUUAGGGUUUGAUUCUUUGUGCCGUUUAUUGGGACCCGAUGAGUCAAACUGUCUGACAAUCACAGUAAAGUAUCGUAUUUUAACUAAAGAAUGAUAAAUUCUAUUUUAUGUGGUGGAGAAAGUUGCUUUUACUGGUUUGUUGUGUCUCUGGAGCUUUGAGUCAGUUUGAAUGUCGACUCAUUCUCUGUAUCUGAAAACAUGCACUACCACUUGCUGUAAAUCAUAUGAAUAGUAGAUUUGUGUCUUGUAUUUCAAUAUGGAUUAAAAUCAGUUUUUAUCUGCAUCAUUUCACAAAAUUGAUCUUAUUAAAAGCAGGUUUAAUGUUUGAAAAACCUUUGAUCGGAUCAGACUCAUUUGUUGCUAUAAAACUAAACUCAAGGGGACGUUUUUCAAAAUAAACCUGCCUUUCAAAGAAUAUUUGGUUGUUGUGACUUCAGUCCUUUAGUUUGAAAAUCCAGAAGUGUGUCCUCGGCCCCUUUUUGUAUAUAAAAGCAUAAACAAG